CAUGACCCAUCUCUGCCAGGUCAAGUCAUUAAGAUAUGUCUCUGUCGGGGUUGGCAAUUGCUCUACCAUGGCUGGCAGAACUCUUUUCUUGCCGCUGGAAACGGCCAACAGCCAUUCCGGUAUCCUGUCUUCUCAGGAAACUGGAGUACGGGAUACCUUACUCUUAUGAAAAGUUGUCAGAAGCUGAGUAGUUGCGGUUUAUUUUUCAUUCAUUUACUUGGCAUGGAAGCAGAGAUUGCUCGCAUAUUACUAGUAUCUAACGUCGCUCCAGGAGCGUGGAGAGAUGAGACUAAGCGGGUGAAUCUUGCAUUAUUUGUACCAGUUCUUCUUCGCAGACGCUUGCUUCAUUUACAGCGGCUCACCUCAAACUCCCCAUUUUGGUUAUUUUCCUCGAGUUCCCACGCCCAGAGUGAACAUCCACCGGACAUCGGGCUGUAGCACAAUAUUACACACGUGUGGCCUGUCGGUACCAAAGUCAGAAUUCCUUCCCAAGU